AUCUCCUGAAAGUUUUAUUUUUUUAACAUCUCAUACUCAUACUCAUUAGUGAUAUUUUCCCACUUAAAAAAAAUGUACUUUCGCGUCUUUGCUCAUGAAAAUCAGAAUGUUAUUUUGAAUCUGAUUUCUUAAUUUCAACGUUUGCAAUCGGCAUAGUUAUCAAGCAGGUCCCUUUCGUAGUAUCACACCUCCCUCAGUUUUGUGAAAAUGCUCUGCUCUACUUUGAACUUCAAUAGCCAUGUAGUUACAUCCCGAAUCACAUUUUUCCGUCUGCUCUCAACGUCGAAGAUUUUAAAAUCAGAUAAUGCUGUCAAUGAGAGAGAUUACAUUUUUUUCAAACCAGAAGUUCAAACCUUGCUGAAGAAACUAACGGGAUUAGACAUUAACAAAGUUUUUCGAAGGAGAGCCCUUGGUGAAACUCCGCGACCUCCUGAGUACAAGUUUAUGACCACAGCACAAAUUCAGAAGGAAAUGGAGAAGACUUUAAAAAAAGCAGAGAAAAAGUUACAGAUGCCCCCUGUUGUUCCAAUCUCGGAAGAUAAGCCCAAGGUCAUUACGAAAGACCCUGCAUUAGCUGGUUAUGACCCAGAUGAUGCUAAAUACAUCUUUACCGAUAUAAACUUCCCAGCGAAUGAUAGGGCACGAUUAAUUGUUGUGCGCGAGCCUGAUGGAACUCUGCGAGAAGCCAACAAGGAUGAAAGACAUCGUAUGAAUCAAUUGUAUUUUCCAGUCAAAGGACGCACCCUCUAUCAUCCUAGAAUGUUCCAACCAGAAAACUUGAAGCCUGUUCUGGAACGGCGAGACUAUGAAUUUAUACUGGACCGCGCAUGUAUCCAGUUUGAGCCAGACAGCAUUGAAUAUCAUAAUACAGUGUCUGUAACAUAUGAUCAUAUAGACGAAACCCGGUCUUAUGAAGUGCUGCGUUCAACAAGGCACUUUGGACCAUUUGUCCUUCAUUUAGUAAAAAAACGGGAGAUUGAUAAUUUGCUUGAAGAAAAUUUCAGAUCCGACCGGUUAGAGGAUGCUGCCUCACUGAUUCAGUUGUAUCAUAUCGUCCACCCUGAUUGUAAAUCAGCAUCUACUAAGUAUACCCCUGGCCGGGAGAUUGAAUUCAUACAGGCCUACAUUGAUAAUGACAGUAAUAAAAAGAGUUUUCUCCAGGCAGCUUUAGAUUCUGUUGAAGACAUCCAAAAAGUUGAUUCAGGUUAGGUAAAGUUAGAGCCAAUAUUAAUCUUAACUAAGGUACCACGGUCUCUUUGAAUGUAUUUGUGCUCCAUGUUUUGUUUAUGUUUAAAAAAUACAACCAAGUUUUCCAUAAGAAA